AUUCCUGGAGCAGCUGCAGUGUGGAGAUGAUCUGAGCUCAGCUCCAACCUCCUCCUCCUCCUCCUGCAGCAACUUGAUCCCUUCCCGGGGGCGACCCCCCUCCCCAGCAAGGGUGUAGAGGGGGGGUGGGAGUGGGCAAAGACCACCCCCUCCCCAUCCCCACCCAAGCACCCCUUUUGUGUGGCCGAGGCCCCCCACCUAGAGAGCGUGCGUUGUGUGUGUGUGUGUGCGCCCGUUGUGUCCGAGGCUUCCCCUGAAGGACAGAAGUCGACUCCACCGGCACCUCUAACCAGGAAAAAAAAAAAACAACGCCACCACAAAAUUUCAAGUGAAGAAAAUUGAGAUUCAGAGAGGAAGACCAAUCCUGAGUUCUUCAUCCCCACAAAUUAUAUUGGCACCACUUUGCAUAAGCAAAGUGGAGUUCUGAUAGAGAAGAGGAGUACAGCAGUCACAGAAUUUAUAAAGUGAACACUUCUCCAGGAUCUAAAAUGGUGGGUGAGAGUCAUCAUGAGGCCUUGGCAGCUCCUCCAGCAACCACUACUGCUGCUAUUCUAUCCAGUAAUGUCACAGAACCAGCCAGUCCAGGAGAAGGAAAGGAAGAUGCAUUUUCCAAGCUAAAGGAGAAAUUCAUGAACGGGUUGAAUAAAAUUCCAUUGCCACCAUGGGCCUUAAUAGCUAUAGCCAUAGUAGCAGUCCUGUUAAUUCUUACCUGCUGCUUUUGUAUCUGUAAGAAAUGUUUGUUCAAAAAGAAGAACAAGAAGAAGGGGAAGGAAAAGGGAGGGAAAAAUGCCAUAAACAUGAAAGAUGUGAAGGAUUUAGGCAAAACCAUGAAAGACCAGGCCCUUAAGGAUGAUGAUGCUGAAACCGGACUUACUGAUGGAGAAGAGAAAGAAGAACCCAAAGAAGAGGAGAAGCUUGGGAAACUCCAAUAUUCCCUGGACUAUGAUUUCCAGAAUAAUCAGCUUAUGGUAGGGAUUAUUCAGGCAGCUGAACUGCCUGCUUUAGAUAUGGGAGGUACCUCUGAUCCUUAUGUCAAAGUGUUUCUGCUGCCUGAUAAGAAGAAGAAAUUUGAGACCAAAGUCCACAGAAAAACUCUUAACCCUGUCUUCAACGAGCAAUUUACUUUCAAGGUGCCAUACUCUGAACUGGGUGGAAAAACUCUGGUGAUGGCAGUUUAUGACUUUGAUCGUUUCUCUAAACACGAUAUCAUUGGUGAAUUUAAAGUUGCCAUGAACACAGUGGAUUUUGGUCACGUCACUGAGGAAUGGCGAGAUCUGCAGAGUGCUGAAAAGGAAGAGCAAGAGAAGUUGGGUGAUAUCUGCUUCUCCCUCCGUUAUGUGCCAACAGCUGGCAAACUGACUGUUGUGAUCCUAGAGGCAAAGAAUCUGAAGAAGAUGGAUGUGGGUGGUUUAUCAGAUCCCUAUGUGAAGAUUCAUCUGAUGCAAAAUGGCAAGAGGCUGAAGAAGAAAAAGACAACAAUUAAAAAGAACACUCUCAAUCCCUACUACAAUGAGUCUUUCAGCUUUGAAGUACCAUUUGAGCAAAUUCAGAAAGUGCAAGUGGUGGUAACGGUUUUGGACUAUGACAAGAUCGGCAAGAACGAUGCCAUCGGCAAAGUCUUCGUGGGCUACAACAGCACCGGGGCCGAGCUACGACACUGGUCAGAUAUGCUGGCCAACCCGCGGCGACCUAUCGCCCAGUGGCACACCUUACAGGUCGAGGAGGAGGUGGAUGCCAUGCUGGCAGUCAAGAAAUAAAGGAGAAGAAAAAGAAGAAAAUGAGAAGACAAAGACGGAGAAAGAGAAGCCUUUCUGCAUUUGCCCACAUAGUGCUCUUUAGCCAGUAUGUGUAAAUACCUCAGUAAUCUAGGUCCUUUCAUUUCUAGCCAUGCAUUCUUAACACAGAUCAGUGGUACUUCAAUUCCUGUUUUAAUUUGCACAACUUUAAAUGUAGAGAGCCUCCUAAGUCCCUCUUCACCCCUAUGGCCCUCCGAAUCUUCUUUUAAGCAAUAUGAUGUGUAGAUAGAGCAUGAUGGAAAUGAUUUAUCGUAUCCCACCGUUGUACAUACACCAGUAGGCUAAAACUUGAUUUCUAGUUUGUGUAUUUGUAUGUUGUAAUUGUUUCCUAAUCUGUGUAUAUCUAGAUGUUUUUAAUAAGAUGUUCUAUUUUAAAUGAUGUAAAUUGACUGAGAUAUAGGAGAGCUGAUGAUAUAUUAUAGGGUAAAUAGCGUAUUGUCUGCAUUCCAGUGAAAAUUCCAACUUGUGAGGCACUAGUACAGUUACACUGACAUCUUAAAGGACAACUUAAAUCUGAGCUUUCCACGAAACCAUUCCAGUACCGAAGUAUACUGACGCCGCAGAUCCAAAGGGUAAAUCCAACUUUGCGGAAUUCAUUCACAGGCAACCUAGCACGAUCUGAGCGGCUUCCCCAGCUCACCUCAAGGAAGCGUAGCCCUGGGCCAGGAUUCGACUUUUUUUCUGUACCUGCAAUCAAAAAGUUGCAGUCAUGGCUUUACGCUUACAACUGAGGGACCAGUUGAAUGGGAGGUAAUUCUUUCAUAGUACUGCAUAAUUGAGGAAUCACGUGAUAGUGUUUUGUGUGUACAUGUGUGUGUCUGCUCGUAUGGGUUGGGGGGGGUUGGUGGAGAAGAUGGGAAAGGAGCUGGGGAGGGGGGAAGUCAGUGUUCGUGAAUGCCCGCCAAACCAUAAAAAAGUAGCUCUCCGUGGUCACCUUUAUACACGUUGUGCAUAUCCCGUGGCUUCUGUCUCGGAUUCACACUCUCUAAUAACUCCGAAUGGGUUUACACAUUAGACUUUGUAACAAGAUAUUUUAUUAUACAAAAUCAGAUUAGAAGGAAUGCAGAAUAUUUUUAACACAGCCGGCUGGGCUCGUAACACAAAAUAAGUUUGGGGUAAACAGACAGUAUUGUAAUCCCAUCAAAAGUUGACAAAAUUUUAGCCAUAGUUCUGAAUGCACUUCAAUUAAGCCAAAACAGCUAGUGAUCUUUUUAUAUACUCUUUAUACUUAAAUAAGUUUUAAUUUGUCCUUUAAAAAGGUGAAACAAAACAAAGAACAAGUUCUAGAAAACUGAAGCAACCUCUUAUGUAUACUAGAUGCUCGUUUCAGGAGGAGUUUUUAAAUGUUUUCAAUGUUAUGCAGUAACUGGCAUUAUUAUGAAGCUAUUAGUCAUUCCAUAAGAGUCUUAAGGGACUGCUCUGUGUAUCAUUGUGACUACCGUGUGUGCUUAGAGACGUAGUUUUCUCAGUGAAGAGCAAUCGGUUUACUCUGUAGCGAUAUUGUAACGAUACUGCCAUUUCCUUCUCCUGCCCUGCCGAAGGCAUGCGUGUAUAGCAGAAACAGUUCUAGUGACUAACGGACCAAUUCAGAACUGAAAAGCUAUGCAGAGAAUGAGGAAGUCCCCUGCAAGUGAGGGACAACACAGCAUUUGUUGAGCACUGUGCAAUAGUCCAUAGAUUCCCCACCAAGCCCCCCCACCCCCCACACACUCCAGUAGAGAUCGUUGUCCCUCGUAUUCGAAGAAGACACAGGGAAGACAGUAGCCUGUUCACCUCUGCGCCUCGCCUUUUCCCUGGUAACUUUAGUGACGGCCUCUUCCCUUUCCCUCUAAUGACCUUUUUCAUUCCCAAGGCCGUGAAUGGAAGUCGCAGUGCUUCGGAGUAGAGGUUCUUUGAGGAUCACAAAGAAUCGAAACCAAACGGGAAUACGGAAGGGUGAGUCUAGGGCUUGGGCGUAUUUAAUCUCGUAGCACCUUGCCAGAACCCCGAUUGGAAGAGAUGGUCAAGGGGGGGGUCGGCGAUGAUGUAUCUUGAGGACAGACUGGGUUUUGGCUGGCGAGGGGUAGGUUUCCUGCUUCAUCUUUUCCUAGUUGUGGAGGCGGGGGGCUGUUGCAUCAUUUGUUCAUAGCCAUAGAGAAGCCACCGACAACCUUAGAAGUGGAGAAACUCUAGAACAAAUGGAGUAGCGAGAGCCCCCUCCCAAAGCGAAGUAAGAGACUCCUUGAGCCUCAUUCCUUUCUUGGACAUUAAAGUGUGGAAAAAGCACCAGACGCAUGUGAGAUGAAACAUUUGUAGGUCGAGAAAAAUUCAAGAGGGACUCUUUUAAUCACAACUUUAAAGGACCAAACCCCACCAAGGAGAGGGGCUAGGUGACUUUUCCAGAAAUGUCACUUCACCGAAUCUAGCUUUUAGGUUGUUCGUAUAAAAGCGAAACAUCGAAAUGGACAGGUUCAAACUGUCAGAACGAACACAUGUUAUUUGCCGCAUUGAGUAAGCACCCUUAAUGCGUUCUCUUCCAACACUGCCAGACUGUCACCGUAGAACUUAGAAUUGGUCGGUCCUUUGCCAUCAUUCUCAAGAGAGUGACUGAACCUGCUCUGUGACCAAGACGACAGUUUAUCCUCAAAAGAAAGACCUCACGUACCUUUCUGACAAAGCUGUGUAAAGUAUUAGAAUCUGAUGCUGUAGAAAGAUCCUAGUUGCCUUGGUGUAUACUUACUGCCUGCUUAUGUGUUUCUCUAUGUGGUUUUUCUCUGUAUCUUGUAGAAUUGUUGGGGUGUUUUAUCCUGCCAUAUGGCUCGUGGCCCGCGAGCUGACAACUUUAGCCGUAUUUUACCUUCAUUUUGAUGAGGUGGUUUAAAUUUUGUUUCACUUUGUGUAGUGAAUAUUCCACAGUAGUUUUCCGAUUGGUGUUAAAUGACUUUAACCUAUUACACAGAUAUUCAAUAAAAAUGUUUUAUUUCCUGUU